UAAAUAAAAUUUCUUUAUAUAGCCGCCCACUCAGCCUUCAAAAACAAAAAGAACCCACGUUCAUUCUCUCCCUCUUUUUGUUUCUCUCUACAAAAUGGAAAAUCGAUUCAAACUACGAAUCUCUCGCAUGUUCCGGUCCUCUUUCGGAUCCUGCCGGACCCGGAAAAUCUCUGACGUUAUUGAAAAGCCCAUUUUCACCCCUCAAAACCACAAAAACACCGUCCCAUUAUUCGACCCUUCACCGUCGCCGCCGCCAAAGCCUAAACCUUUCCCUUCCAUUUGUAAACCCAGACGCUCUGAAUCAACCCAAACCGCCGUCAACCAUGACUGCGUUAUGGUCACACAUAAAGAAACCAUCCCAAGACGCCGUAAAACCAACACCGCUCGUUGUUAUUACCCUCCUUUCGUUUCUUCCGCCGUUACCGGUGGUUAUCAUCACCCUAUGUCGCCGUUGAACUUUUUCUCCGAUUGCAAAGACUUUGGGUUUUACGAGAAGAAAAAAACAGUAACCAGACACAAAACGAAAACAAAGAAGAAAAAAAGGGUUUAUCAUGUUCAUCACAAAACCAACAACAAUACCACGCCGUUUUUUUUCGGUUCAUAUUCACGAGAAAGUGCUAAUUACGGAGGUCCAUGGUGGUGGCUUAGCAGUGAAGAAGAUGAAACCGAAACCCUUUUCUCUUCAAUGAACCUCUCGUCCGACUCAUCUGAAUCCAUCUCCGCCCGUCGGAUACGACCACGUUCCAACCGGAAAAACUGUAACAAUCCUCGCCGAAGAAAAGCUAAGAACAGUAGCUGUGAUAAUGAUAACAACAUCAAAGUGAAAGAUAGCUUUGCUAUGGUGAAACGAUCCAGUGAUCCAUACAAUGAUUUUAGGACAUCAAUGGUGGAGAUGAUCGUUGAAAGACAGAUAUUUGCGGCUGAAGAUUUAGAACAGCUGUUACAGUGUUUCUUGUCGUUGAACUCUCAUCACCAUCAUGGGAUUAUUGUCGAAGUUUUUACAGAGAUUUGUGAGACAUUGUUCUCUAACUGGUCUUAAAAAAAAUGUCUUUUUUUUUU